AUGCAGCAGCACUACGUGGUCCUUGGAGCCGGUGUGGUCGGCCUCACCACCGCUCUGGAGAUAAAACGCCGAAUACCUACAGCGCAGGUAACGAUUGCAGCGAAGCAUUUCCCGGGAGACCGAAGCCCCGACUACUGUUCUCCGUGGGCCGGUGCCAACUGGAUGACCACCGCAACGGAUAACGGAAUCCAAGAAGAAUGGGACGCAGAGACUUAUCGUCGCUUUGGAGAACUAGCCGAUAACGUGCCGGAGGCUGCGAUCACGCGCAUGGAUCUCCGUGCGGUGUUUGAUCGACAGCCUGAGGACGCUGGGGUUCUUAGCCGUGGGACUGGUAGAAUUUGGUAUGAUGAGUUGGUGGGUGGUAUUCGCAAUAUCCCAAAGGCAGAAUUGCCGGAGGGUGGUGUCUUUGGUGUGUUGUUUUCUACCUUUAUGGUGAAUACACAGGGGUAUCUGGCGUGGCUGAACACAGAGUGUUUAAAAGCCGGAAUUGAAAUGCGCAGGGCUUGGUUCGAUGACAUCACGGAUCUGUUUGGUGACAUACCCGCAGAUGCUUAUUUCAAUUGUACAGGCCUGGGGUCAUACUCAUUGAAGGGGGUAGAAGACAAAAGCCUCUAUCCCACAAGGGGCCAAGUGAUGCUUGUCGAGACACCGAAAGCUCCAAUGAAGCAAAUGUACUUCCGUUCGCCUCAUCGAGUUGACAACGACACAACCUAUGUCUUUCCACGCUACCCAACUGGAGGUGUUAUAUUGGGUGGAUGCCGAAUGGACAACAACUGGAAUGCUGAGCCCGAUCCCCAGCUCGCCGAAGGCAUCAAGAAAAGAUGUUGUGCGCUGGCUCCAGAGCUUGGCAAACCAAAGGACCUGAAGGUAGUAUACCAUGCAGUUGGCCUACGACCAAGCAGAAAGGGAGGUAUACGGCUUGAGCCGGAGAUGAUCAAUGGGCAUCUUGUAAUCCACAAUUAUGGAGCAGGUGGAACUGGGUAUCAGUCCUCUUGGGGGACUGCAAAACAUGCAGUGGAUCUCUUAGAGGAUAAAGUAAAAGCAAAGCUAUGA